AUGGUAGAGAGUCAUGGGAGGAUCCCACCAGAACAUUUCUAUGAUCACCAGAGUGGUUCUGGUUACCUGGCAUGGAGAUUGAAAACUGUGCAGCGCAACUCUACUGAAGGGAUGAAGAAAUCAAAGUCAGCUUUUCAAGACAGCCCCAAGACUCUUCGCAAUUUCGCAACAAAUGCGAGACAGUUGUCAGAUGAUGAAUGCAAGGAAGCUAUGUCAGUGAUGAGGCACUCGACUGACAUGAAAGUUGUCAAAGAGAAAAUGAAGGUGACAUUUCAACAUAGGCAAAAAGUGAUUCAAGAUCCAGCCACAGCUUCUUCUGUCCUGGACCUUUUCCCAAGAUUUCUGGAUACACCUGGCUUGAUUGACCAAGACUUCACAAUGCUGUUUGGGGAGGAAGUGUCUGGUAAAUUCCUUGCAAAGUGGCCAACAUUCUUCAAGCCAAGAAUCAUCAAAGAUUGCAAAAAUCUGUCUCAGAGUACAGAAUUGGAUGACCUGCUUGUCUCUGCACAGGGGGACUCUGAUGAGGGUGUUUGGGACUGCGAGUUGGCUGCCAUUCUUUUGCUGCUUCACUUGUUACCUCCAACAUCUAAGGGAAGGAAGUCUUCAAAGAUUAGCACAUCAGAUGCUGCUCACCACCUAAUGAAAUUCAUGAAGGUGGGAGGUAGCAUGGAGACUUUUCUUAAGGCUGGCCCCACUCAGCCAUUCCUCCUGUGUGUUGGAGAAAGAAAGAACAUCAUCCAGACUUUCUACAUUGUCCUAGAUCAAAAGGUCAUUCCCUGUGUGACGCAGACGGGAGUUGCAGCUUUUGACGAGCUUUUCAAGGCACAUUUUGUAUUUGCCGUGUCCUAUGACGAAGCAUUGCACAACUUCUACACAUUCAUCCAGACCACCGUGUAUGGCAUUGAUGUUGGCAGCGUGAAGGAGAGUCCUCGGGUCAGGGAAAUCAGAGCAAGAAUUCUUCACAGUACAGUCUAAAGACAUCGACUAUACAGUACUUUGACUGUUCUUGUGUUACUUUUGCAAGAUACACCACACAAGUUGCUCAGUGUUAUUUAGACAUGUCAAGUUCCAGCAACGUUUUUACUUUUGAGCUUUGGACAGCCUAGAUAUUAAUUUAUCUUUUACAAGCAACACCUCUUCAAAGCACGUGGAGACUUUGUUGACUCAGAGGUCAUCAGUAAUUUUUAUUUUGAGCCUGCACCUUAUGAUAGAACCUUUGUUUCACAGCCUGUAAAUGUGGCUCAUCUUGUGACAGGACAUGUAUAGGACUGUUAUUUCUCAACUACAAUCCUCAGGAGUUCUGAAAGUACUGUGCAGUGUUUAGUUGGUUCAUUGGAGGAAAGUGUUAAUGACAUGCGUCAUUGCACAUGCAAAACAAUCUGUUGUUGAAUGUUUGUCAUCAAGAGAAACCUCGGAAAAGUUGAAUGUUUUGAUCAGCUUGAAAACCCAUUCUCAUAUCUUAACAGAAUCUAAAAGGAUGAGACAUUUUGAGCAAAAAUGGAAAAUAGUUGAACCUGUAGAGCAUGUUUUCCUGUGUGUGUUUUGAUGUACUUAAAGCUGCUUGUGCAUGCUCUAAGUAAUAUGGAGACCGAAGAAAUGAUCAAUGGUCACUUAAAUGCAUUUGUUAUUGAGGAUAAACUGGAUGCUGUUGCACUGAUCUGUGUAGAUAAUGUGGUGUAUUAUAGACCUUACAAUGGGCUAUUUUCAAAUGACACUAAUGACAAAAUGUAGAUUGUCCAAUAUUCUAGUUUUGUAUAUAUUUAUGCGCUGUUUAUUUGUGGUGUAUCUGCUGUUUGAAUACAGAGUAUUUUGAACACUG